CACCACCAUCGACCCUUGCCAUCAUCACAACUGGAGAGACCUGAGAAUCAAGGAUCAACAGGAUGCUGUUGAGACACUGUUGACUCCAGUGGACCAUCAAGACGUCAUGCAGACCUAACAUCUUGUUGCUGGAAUAGCCUGAAGACUGCACUGUAAGCUGCACCAAAGAUACUUGUAGGCCUCAAUGCUUCAGUCCUUUGCAUUGUAGUGGUAACAACUGCUUUGCUUGUGUUUUUACGAUGUAUCGUAUAUCACCACGGAAACUGUUUUGGGCAACAUUACUCUUCACCCUUAAUUUCUGGGGAAGCUGUAGUCUCAUAGAUGUUAAUCUAUGGAAAAAUGAGUUUGUGACUUUAGGGAACUCUGUAGCCCGCGCGUUCAACCUCACUAAUUGUUGGGUGUGCGGAGGACCACUUGGUCUGAAGAGCUGGCCAUGGACCUCGGUCCCUGUUUCCCCUAAAUGGCUAGUGAGCAAAUACAGUGAAGUCAAAAAGAACAUCUAUUGGGAAAAGGAAAGUUUACCAUCUCCUUGGCUAGUACAAUAUCCAGCCAAAGGCCAAUAUUGUCUGAACCGCACUCAACCAGGUGGUACUUUUGUAGGGAUCAGCACUUGCUAUUGGACCUUCACAUAUGGGAACCACAUGCCUCCUCCAAAUGGUCAUUUUGUGGCAUCCACAAAGCAAUCUAGCCUCACUGAUAAAGGCCCUCGAUGGGCUUGGGUGAAUGAAUCGGGGCACGUGAAGCUAUUUUCCGGCUUCUGGUCUCCGGUAAAUUUGACUUUUCACCCAAACUAUUGGUACAAACGAGAAGCAAAAAUCAUCUGCGAUUGGAGGAAUGACACAGGUGCUUGGUAUUGCCAUGUUAUAUAUAGACUCAGUCGUUCCAGUCCGUGGCAGAAUUUUCCACUCCUCACCCCUUUAGGGAUGAGCAAUUCAACGUAUUUUCAGGUGCCUUACACUCCUACUGGUUUAUUUGAAAAUGGAGCCAGAGCACUAAAAGGCCAUUAUUGGAUCUGUGGACACCACGCAUACAAAAUGCUACCAACAAAUUGGACAGGAACAUGUUAUGUUGGAGUAAUCCACCCUUUGUUUUUCCUCCUUCCCGAAAAUGGUGGCAAAGAUCUAAGUGUUAAACUGUAUGAUGACCUUACACGGAAUAAGCGAUCGAUUGACCCCAGUCUGACACCUGGAAGUGCUCAAAAAUGGGGAAAAGAUGACUGGCCUCCCCAGCGAAUCAUCGAACAUUACGGGCCAGCCACCUGGAACCCUAAUGAAUUAAUUAAUUGUGCUCAAGAACCCAUUUAUAACCUAAACCGCAUAAUUCGCCUUCAAGCUGUUUUGGAAAUCAUUACUAAUGAAACUGCUCGCGCUCUAGAUCUGUUGGCAGACCGGGCCACACAAAUGCGAACCACAAUUUUGCAACACCGCAUGGUUCUCGCCUACCUGCUAGCUGAAGAAGGAGGUGUCUGUGGUAAACUGAAUAACUCAAACUGUUGCUUAAAAAUUGAUAAUAACGGCCAAGUUGUCGAAAAAAUAACCUCUGGAAUAAGAAAGUUAGCCCACGUCCCCGUUCAAACCUGGAAAGACUGGGAAAUUGAUCCCUUUUCCUGGCUUCCAGGAGGCCCAUGGGUCAAACGACUCUUGUUCUACUUGCUGUGUGGAAUUCCGAUGCUUUUAUUCUUACCAUGUAUAAUUCCGUGUUUAAUACGAUUGACUCAACAUGUAGCACAAAACAUGCAAUUUGUAUCUACCGACUCCCCUAAUGGCGUGAAGUAUGUACGGGCAGUCCGAGAACCUGCUUCUGUGCCUGUGGAUAUUGUGUGAUUUCUUGCCUAACUUUCUGUCUUAUACUCCUCACUCCUUACACUCCUCAUCCACUCCUCACCAACCAUGGGUUCUGAAGAACUUGUAAGCGACCUUUGAGCCAUGGGGUCGGUGUGAGAACCCAACAGUAAAACAGGAUGUCUCAAAGCCACCUGUGUACAUGAUAUGACAACAAUGGGGGUAUGUCCCUGGUUCUCAAAACUACUAUAUCUUGUUUACCCCAAGAAACUCAUCUGCCAUGCAGGGCCAGCACUGCCCAGUGGGCAGAGACAAAGAGGGGCUUACACAGCAACCAUGUCAGACAAAAAUUGGACGAGUACAGGGAACUGUCACGUUGAUAGGUCAAACUCAGAGUUGACAGGGACUAUAAAUUACUGUUGCAUCCCACUGCAACUGGGACCAUCACCAUCCUCGACCCUCGCCAUCAUCACGACUUGAGAGACCUGAGAAUCGUGGAUCAACGGGACGCUGUUGACUCCAAAGGACCGUCAAGAUGUCAUGUGGACCUAACAUCUUGUUGCUGGUGACUG